CACACUGUGUAUGGGGAGAGUUCCACAGUAAUGAAUCAGUGUGUCUUCAGAGGAAUGGAAGAAAACAAGGAAAGGCCUAAAAGGCAGCGGCAGAACAACUUUCCCAUGUUCCCCUCUCCUAAAGCCUGGAACUUCAGAGGGCGAAAACGGAAGCAGAGCGCCCAAGAUGAAGAUGCUGUCAGCCUGUGUAGUCUCGACAUCGGUGAGCCUAGUAAUAAACGGGUCAAACCCCUUUCCAGAGUCACAUCACUAGCAAACCUCAUCCCGCCCGUGAAGGCUACACCGCUAAAGCGCUUCAGCCAAACCCUGCAGCGUUCCAUUAGCUUCCGCAGCGAGAGCCGUCCUGACAUCCUCGCCCCCCGGCCCUGGUCCAGAAAUGCCGCCCCCUCGAGCACCAAGCGGCGAGACAGCAAGCUGUGGAGUGAGACCUUCGACGUGUGCGUCAAUCAGAUGCUUACCUCCAAGGAAAUCAAACGUCAGGAGGCGAUCUUUGAGCUCUCCCAAGGAGAAGAAGACUUGAUAGAGGACUUGAAAUUGGCAAAAAAGGCCUAUCACGACCCCAUGCUGAAACUCUCCAUAAUGACAGAACAGGAGUUGAAUCAGAUUUUUGGAACACUGGACUCUCUGAUUCCUCUACAUGAAGAGCUCCUUAGUCAGCUUCGAGAUGUCCGGAAGCCUGAUGGCUCAACUGAACACGUCGGUGCCAUCCUCGUGGGCUGGCUGCCUUGUCUGAGCUCCUACGACAGCUACUGCAGCAAUCAAGUAGCCGCCAAAGCUCUGCUGGACCACAAGAAGCAAGACCACCGGGUCCAGGAUUUCCUUCAGCGAUGUUUAGAAUCCCCCUUCAGCCGCAAACUAGAUCUGUGGAAUUUCCUCGAUAUUCCAAGGAGCCGCCUGGUAAAAUACCCUCUGCUCCUCCGAGAAAUCCUGAGGCACACACCAAAUGAUAACCCAGACCAGCAGCACCUGGAAGAAGCUAUAAACAUCAUUCAGGGAAUCGUAGCAGAAAUCAACAUCAAGACUGGGGAAUCUGAAUGCCAUUAUUAUAAAGAACGGCUUCUUUACUUGGAAGAAGGCCAGAAGGACUCACUGAUCGACAGCUCGAGAGUGCUGUGUUGUCAUGGCGAACUUAAGAACAACCGGGGCAUGAAACUGCACGUUUUCCUGUUCCAAGAAGUGCUGGUGAUCACUCGAGCCAUCACCCACAACGAGCAGCUCUGCUACCAGCUGUACCGGCAGCCGAUCCCUGUGAAGGACCUCCUGCUGGAAGACCUGCAGGAUGGAGAAGUGAGGCUGGGCGGCUCCCUGCGAGGGGCAUUCAGCAACAACGAGAGAAUUAAAAACUUCUUUAGAGUAAGUUUCAAAAAUGGAUCCCAAAGUCAGACCCACUCACUACAAGCCAAUGACACCUUCAACAAACAGCAGUGGCUCAACUGUAUUCGUCAAGCCAAAGAAACAGUGCUGUGUGCUGCCGGGCAGGCUGGGGUGCUCGACUCCGAGGGACCGUUCCCAAAUCCCGCCGCUGGGAGCAGGGAGCCGCAGGGAGAAACAAAACUUGAGCAGAUGGACCAAUCGGACAGUGACUCAGACUGCAGUAUGGACACAAGUGAGGUCAGCCUCGACUGUGAGCGCAUGGAACAGACAGACUCUUCCUGUGGGAACAGCAAGCACGUUGAAAGCAAUGUCUGACAGAAGCAAGUACUUCCUGGAAGUAGCCCUGUGUCUUACCUGUACAGUAUUUGCAUUCCAC